GUUAAAAACACGGACAAGUUAUUUAAAUUUUGGGCUUGCAUCCUAUGUAUGAAACCAAAAUUUAUAACUAAUUAAUUAGUCCACAUGUAAAAAAGACUGGAAUUUGAAAACUUUUUUAUGAUUACAAUUACAAAUUAGUAAUUACCGACAGUUUUUUUUUUUUCUUAAAUUUUUUUGGGGCCCGUCAGAAUUAAAAUUACUAACACCUUGGACUAAUAAUCGCUACCUUAAUUUUGGCCUCUUAUUUUUUUAUUUUUUUAUUUUUCGCUUUUCUGUUUUUCAUUUUUCCUUGACGUGGAUUAGGUAGCGUAACACACAUGUUCUAUUUUAGAUAUUUUUUUACACGGAAAUUUUAAAAAGACCUAAAUAGAUUAUUGGCCACAAACUGAUGAAGUUAAAAGAUAUUAUAUAUAAUCUUUGUCGUUUACCUGUAACAUAAUUGGCAAGAGACUCUCCAUUAUCUCCACAGCACAAUCCUUCUCUUGAAAACUUUAAAGAAUUUCUGGCUUUUCCAACUGAUUAACAAAUUAUGGAAGCAGUCGUCUCUAGCAUUGCUGAAGGGAUAGUUUGGAGAUUGGGCUCUGAAGCUGUACGAGAAAUUGCAUUGCUUUGGGGUGUAAAUGAAGAGCUUAUGGGACUUGAAGAGACCAUUUCAACCAUCAAAGCUGUACUUGCUGAUGCAGAGAAGAAGCAGAUCCAUAACGAUCAAGUCAAAACAUGGCUUGGUAGACUUGAAGAUGUUGUCUAUGAAGCUGUUGACCUGGUGGAUGGAGUUUUCACUGAAGCUUUGCGACGCCAAGUGAUGACCAGUAACACUAACAUAGCCAUGCAGGUAUGCACCUUCUUCUCGACCUCGAAUGAACUUGUAUUUCGACACAAGAUGAGUAAAAAAAUAGAGUCUCUUAAGAAGAAACUAGCUGUGAUUAAAGAUGAUAGACAAUUUCAUUUGGAAGAGCACCACGGAGAGGCUCAAGCAGUGUAUAAUAGAGUGUCAAGGGAUACUCACUCGUUUGUCUCUAAAGGAGAAGUGGUUAUUGGGAGGGAGGGUGAUAGAAUUAAAAUCCUUCAACUUUUGUUGGAUAUGAAAUCUGACCAUGAGAAUGUAUCAAUUGUUAAUAUAGUGGGUCUUGGUGGACUAGGAAAAACCACACUUGCUCAACUUGUGUUCAAUGAUGAAAAAGUCGAAAAAUAUUUUGAUCUUAAAAUGUGGGUGUGUAUCUCUGAUGCAGACUUUGACGUGAGAUUGCUUGUUCAGAAAAUUAUUAAAUCUAUAUCUAAUAAUAAGAAGGUAGAAAAUUGUGAGAUGGAGUUAUUGCAAAAGUCUCUUCGAGAAAAAAUAAGUGGAAAGCGAUAUCUCCUUGGUCUUGAUGAUUUGUGGAAUAAGAAUCGUGAAUUAUGGUUGAAGUUGAAAGAUUUAUUGUUAAGUGGCAUAGAUGGGAGCAGAAUAAUUGUAACUACCCAGAGCAUGGUGGUUGCAAGGAUUACAAAGACCACAUUAGAACCAUAUCUUUUAAGGAAAUCUUGAUGAUAAUGAGUCUUGGUCUUUGUUUCGAAAAAUGGCAUUUAAGGAUGGACAAGAGCCAAACAACUUCAACAUCAUCCAAAUUGGAAAGGAGAUUGUCAAAAAAUGCAAAGGAUUUCCUCUUUCCAUAAGAACCAUAGGAAGGAUGUUGUAUUCUAAAGAUCGAGAAAUCGAGGCAUGUUAUGCAACCCAAAAGUCUUGAGAGAAGGGAACUGAUCCAAUGGUGGCAGAAUUUGGCAUUUGAUACAGCUUGGUAAAGAAAAGCUUACAAGCUGUUUAAGAGAGGGAACCCAACUCGACAACCUCACACCCCCAUAAUCUUCUAACCGCAAGCUUUUUAGAUUUGGGAGUGGCUAGAAUUUCUCCAAUGUCAUUUCAUCCUCGACACUGCUAGUACUUUCCAUGGCGGCUUCAAGAUAUUUUCUAUCAUCUGGUGAAGACCAAUCUAACAUUAAUGAUUGAAGAUAUGGUUUUUCCGUCAAAUUUGCUACCGUGCCAUCUGUUAUUCCAUGUCUUAAAAUGUGGAGAUCUCUUUGACUUUUAAGAGGCAUUUGUUCCUUUAGCUCAGCAACAUGAUCACUGCUUCUAUGCCUCAAGCUUGUCCUUUUACUCAACACAAAAAAAUAUGAUAAUGUUUGAAGAUCAGUUAACUGUCCCAGCCCACUUGGCAUAUAAGUCAAAUUGCUCACCCCCAAAACUCAAAGUGCCUGAGGUUUACUAAUUUUUUCAUAUCUCUUGGAAAUUCUUUGGAUUCAUCCAACCAGGAGAGAUUCAGAGUCUGCAAGUUCUGUAACUUGGUAAUAGAAUUAGGCAAUGCCUUGAUUUUUGUAUAAGAAAGAUCGAGAUACCUUAGAUGCUUCAAUUUUCCAAUGGAAUUUGGCAAUGACUUUAUCCCUGAACUAUGAAGAUCCAAUGUAUGUAAUAACUUGAAUUUCGAAACAAUUCCAUUGGAUAAUUCCAAACCUUCUCUCAAUAUAUUACCUUCA